UGAUGAGUUAUCGAAGAGAUCAUUUGCAUUAAUUUCAGAAAGAGUGAGUGAGUGAGUGAGUGUUGUUACUGAACAGAUGGCAGCUUCUGUCAUGGCAUCUCUGGCUCUGAAACCAUCCACAUCUCCAUUGCUAGAAAGGUCGAGGCUCCGAGGCGCAAGGACAGUGGCAAGACCAUCCUUGAUCAUACUGGCCAAGAAAGCAAAGAAGAUUCAGACUUCCCAGCCCUAUGGGCCUGCUGGGGGAGUGGUGUUUAAGGAAGGGGUUGAUGCAUCUGGAAGGGUAGCCAAGGGAAAGGGUCUUUACCAGUUUGCCAACAAGUAUGGAGCAAAUGUUGAUGGAUACAGCCCAAUAUAUACCCCAGAAGAAUGGUCUUCAACUGGUGAUGUCUAUGUUGGAGGAAAGGCAGGUUUGCUUCUCUGGGCAAUCACUCUAGCUGCACUUCUAGUCGGCGGCGCAAUUCUUGUCUACAACACUAGUGCACUGGCUUAGCAGGUGCAGCAGAUCAAUCUGUGUGUCCAUCCAUGUAUAAUUGUAUAUAAUCUACAUUAGCACUGUAACCAAGUUAUGUAUCUGGACUGGACUUGACUGCCAGUGUUGCUAAUUAAUAAGACUGAGCAAUGUUCUAAGCUCAUGAAUCAUGCAACUAUGUUUUGCUGAGCA